GGAGCCGCUCGCUGUCUCGCUUGUCAAGACUGAGCCGCUCAAGCGAAGAAGGGAGGGGAAAAAGGCGAGGGAAGGGAGCUGGUGGGGCGGCUCUCUUCGCCGGGAAGCCUCUGUUCCACCAAGAGCAGAGAAAGGACCUGGACGCAGCGCUGGGCCCUUCUUUGGGCAGCCAAAGCGGCUUCUCCUCGCCUCGGGAAAGGCGGGAAAGGGCGCACACGAAGCGGGGACAGCAGCGCCUUCUUUGGCUGAGCCUUCAGCAAAGCCCGGGCGGCGGCUUUUGCUCCUCCUGCUGCUGCUGUUUUGCUCAGCGCGGCGCCAACACUUUGCCAUGGGGUGGGGGCGUCCGCAGCAACCGGACAGCAGAAGCAGCAGCAGCAGCAGCAACACCUGGGCUAGUCACUAAAGAACCCGAAGGAAGGAGGAUGGCCACAUCCAGCAACUCCAGUUUGUCUGGCUCUUCAGUUUCCUCUGAUGCUGAAGAAUAUCAGCCUCCAAUAUGGAAAUCAUACUUAUAUCAGUUACAGCAGGAAGCACCUCGCCCCAAGAGGAUAAUUUGUCCUCGAGAGGUGGAGAACAGACCAAAAUACUAUGGCAGAGAGUUUCAUGGGAUUAUUUCUCGUGAGCAAGCAGAUGAAUUGCUUGCUGGUGUAGAAGGAGCUUAUAUUCUCAGAGAGAGCCAGCGACAACCUGGUUGCUAUACUCUAGCUCUCAGAUUUGGCAAUCAGACAUUAAACUACAGGCUUUUUUAUGAUGGGAAGCACUUUGUAGGGGAGAAGAGGUUUGAAUCAAUCCAUGAUUUGGUAACGGAUGGCUUGAUAACACUGUACAUAGAAACCAAGGCUUCUGAAUAUAUUUCGAAAAUGACAACAAAUCCUAUCUAUGAACACAUAGGAUAUGCCACUUUGCUUAGAGAAAAAGUGUCCCGGCGACUGAGUAAAUCAAAAACUGAAUCAAGAAAAGCUAGUGUCACAACAUGUGAAGAAAAUGCACCAGUUGAAAAGAUCACCUCUUUGGUCAGAAGGGCUGCAUUAACGCAAAAUGACAACCAUUUCAACUAUGAAAAAGCACACAAUUUUAAGGUCCACACAUUUCGAGGUCCACACUGGUGUGAGUACUGUGCCAACUUCAUGUGGGGACUCAUUGCUCAGGGAGUAAGAUGUACAGACUGUGGAUUGAACGUACACAAACAGUGUUCAAAAUACGUCCCUAAUGACUGUCAACCAGACCUCAAGAGGAUCAAGCGAGUCUAUUGUUGUGAUCUCACUACACUAGUAAAGGCCCACAACACACCAAGGCCAAUGGUGGUAGACAUAUGUAUUCGGGAAAUUGAAGCAAGAGGUCUGAAAUCAGAAGGGAUAUACAGAGUCUCAGGGUUCACUGAUCACAUUGAAGAUGUCAAAAUGGCCUUUGAUCGAGAUGGGGACAAAGUCGAUCUCUCUGCUAACGUUUAUCCAGACAUAAAUAUAAUUGCUGGAGCACUGAAGCUGUAUUUCAGAGAUUUACCUAUUCCUGUUAUCACAUAUGACACUUAUUCCAAGUUUAUAGAAGCAGCAAAACUGUCCAGUCCUGAUGAAAGACUUGAAGCUGUCCAUGAAGUGUGUCUGUUACUUCCUGCUGCACACUAUGAGACUCUUAGAUAUCUCAUGAUUCAUCUCAAAAAGAUUACUAUGAAUGAAAAAGAUAACUUAAUGAAUGCAGAAAAUCUUGGCAUAGUGUUUGGACCUACUUUAAUGAGACCCCCAGAAGAUAGCACCCUUGCUACGCUCAAUGACAUGCGGUAUCAGAAGCUGAUUGUGCAGAUACUAAUAGAAAAUGAAGAUGUUUUGUUUUAGACAAACAAAUCUGUAAAUUCAUAGCCUUCUGCUAUGGAAAUAUAUAUUUAAAUAUAUAUUUUAAAGGAAAACAAAUUCCUGUAAGAAAAAAAUGCAUAGCACUUCCUUUUCUGCUGUACUGCAGAUGAACAUCAGAAUUUUUAGUACAGGGCAUGUCUUAUAGACAUAUACCUAUUUUUUAUUAUUUAAGAGAGAAUACAGGUUUUAAAAAUCCUUUUGCCUUCUAUCUUUUGCCUUGCUUCCAAUGUGUAUCUAUAUACAAAGGUUACAAACUGAUCUGCUGUUAACUUAUUAAAGGACACAUUCUUUAUUUGUGUAUUUAGAUCGUUGAAGCAAAAAGGUACUUUCAGCCUGAUUCUCAAAACACUGUGCUGGCAAAAUUCCUGUUAAAAAGAACUGGGUCAGUACAGCAACCUGUAGGGUUACAGUUCUACAUUCCCUUCCAGCAAAAAUAAACCGUAUGCGAAAGCAGAUUUCAAUUAGGCUACAUAUUAUCCAAUAUUAAUCCCAACUACUGUACAGUAUAACUAAUAAAAUGAAUGGGACUUGUUCACCCCAUUAAUAAGCUGAUUUUAAUUGAUCUACUCUUUUGGGGACUGAUAUUAGAUGUGUACAAUAAUCCAUUUGUUGGGAAUCUUCAUGCACAAAUACACAUAGCCUGCUUCUACAUACAUGGAUUUCUAGACUAUGCUCAUUACAAAGAAAUGAAUGCCAUUCAACUUAGUGGGACUUAUUUCCACAUGACAGCCAUAAUAUGUACCUUCAUAAGCACUGGUAUGUUCCAUUGUUUUCUCUUACAAAAAAUAAUGAUACAUUUAACGUGCAAGAUCACAAUAAAUGGCCAUGAUUGAGCACCUCUGAUGCCAGUCAGAACCCCGUACCAGCAAACAAUUCCUAGUUCUCUUCUAUGUGCACCAAAAUGUUCUGCACACAGAAGGAAGAAUUCCCAGAUGCAUGGGAAACUUUUCUAUUCAUUGGGUAUCAGAGGAUGCUACACACAGGAUGUUUUAACUUCUCUGAGAUAUUUAGGAUCAGGGUGUUUGUCAGUGUUAGCUGUAUAUGGAUAUAUGAUUUCUUUGUAUGUAAGACAUAAUUGUAUAUGUCUAAAAUGAAACAGAACAUGUAUUUUAAAAUAUAUUUUUACUUUAGUUAGCUGCAGGAAUGUCUUUUUUUUAUUUAGCAAAAUAUAAUUCAAUGCGGUGCAUUGAUGGAUUUUCAUAUAUUCCUCUUGAGCAUUAUUGCUAUGACAUACUGAAAACAUUCACCACUACAGCAGUAUUAUCCUGACAUACCUCUUUCAUUGCAUAUGAUUUUAAGGAGACUCAUCUAUCAUGCAUUAACAUUCUUUGGUUUGUGUUUUAUUUUAGGUAUGAUCAAAGUUCUUUGCUUUUAGAGGUAUGGUAUUCUGGAGCAGAUACAGUAUUAUGAUUAUCCCCCCUCCCCCAAAGGAGGGGCACUGAAGGUUUUUAAAUAGUUUUGGCCCUAGAACCAAUUACUACAUAGAAUGCAUAUUUAAAAUAAGCGAAGCCAAAAUAUUGAAUAUUUUCUGGCAUUGCUGAAAAGUUAGCACUUAUUUGUGGUUAAUUUGUUGUUUUUAAAUGCCGUGUUGCAUUACCUUGCUAUUGUAUUUACAAAAGGAAAUCUGUUUAAAAUUAAGCAUUUUUCUUCAAUGUCUUCUGGCAAAUUUGUUAAUAAAGGAGAGAGAGAAUGAAUAAGAGUGAGAGAACUGGUAAAUUACCAUAUCUCAUUUGGUUUCUUCCCCAUCUUUCCAGUGUCUAACAUAAGGAAAUUCAUUCUAAUACUGGACUUUUUCCCCUCAUCAUGAGAUUUUUGUACAAAUAUUUAAAACAAAGAAGGUAGUGUAAUUUAUUGCAGAACUAAUUUUGUAAAGCUCUGUUAAGUUCCUCUCUUAGUUUGUAUGCAUCAGAACUUUCAAGACCUAGUUAUUGUUUUCCUAAAUUAUUUCAGGGAUAACAGGUUUCUAUACAUGCUUUUAAGAAGUAUCAAUAACUUUGAUACAGGAAAAAAAAGAGUAAAGACAAAAGAGGACACAGAAAAUAAUUUGUAUUAGUUGUCUCUCACAUAGGUCAUCAAAGACCAGGGAAACAGACCCAGGCUGAGGGUCAAAUGUUAGUGAGGUCUGAUUUGCUGGUACAAUAUGAUUAGAGAUUCUCCGAAGCUGUACAGAUAUAAUUGUUGUAGGUUAUGUACUAAAUACUGUCAUGAAAUUGUAUGGAAAUGGUUUUAUUUUGUGAAGUGAAAUAUACUUUGUAAUUUAUGAGACUGUAAAUGGAAAGAAAAAAAAUUAAAUGUGUUUGAGUUCC